AUGGCUAAGUUUAAAUUCAAAUUUGCUGAAGUAAUGUCCAUGGGACAACAGCUUGCAGCACAAGAAGAAAAACGUGAACAGCGCGAGCGGGAAAAACAGUCGGAACUACAAGAGUACCACCCACGCCUAGGAACAGCACAACUACAGCCAUUGCAACAUUUCCUUCAAAUGCAAGAUAGUUCCGCAGAAAGACAGAUGACCAGUAAUUCAAAUGCAAGCCUUACUAAUGAUGUCACUAAACACUGCGAUUCCGAGGAGGACAAUAAUCUGGAACUUCGAAGCAGUACAGAAGAACAAGAUCUUGAUGCUAUUUUUGGAUCAAUGGGUAUACUAAUGGCAGAGCUACAGGAGCCCCUCUCGACUCAAGAUGACUUUGAAACUCUCACAAGAUCUAGUUAUUGUGAUGGCAGUACAGAUAGCCCCUUUGCUGAAGUCUAUACACCGGAGGUUGACACUCUUACUGCACCGAGCCCCUUGCUUUCCACCACAAUCACCACGACCAAACCUGCUGAGAAGUUACUCACUCCAACCAGCCCUACCAGUCCGCGCUUACCUGAGAGAGGUACUUCAUUUGGACAGCCUAUCACUUUGUCUCCUACGCACGCUAGGGACUUGACGUUAAACAGCACCAUUCCGCAAGCAGGCGCCAACCAGGAGCCUUCCACCAAUAAACGGCGGUACCAAGAAAAUUUGAACUUAUUUGACGAUAAUGUUUGUUCACAGAAUGCCAAGCGACGUAGAUCACAGCUUGCCUCUAAUGGUCUACCUUUUGCGAAAUACGACACUAUAGUACUAUCGUUUAAUCUGCCUUCUGUUACACGUACAAUCGGCGACAAGUCAAUAAACGGCCCAGAAAUGGACACGAUGCGACGAUUACACGAUCUAUGCCAGGAUAGUGCUCCCAUUUUUGAGCCUAGCCGAAGUCAAUGCCUGAACUUGGAGCCAGAGUUGCCGGCGCGCGAUUGCAAUACGUGCGGUUUCGAUGUUGGACGCCUUCUACAACUGACGGAAAGGGCGCUGUGGUGGAGUGGCAGAAGUAACCAACGCCUAAAGCGAAACAUCAAUGCUGAUACUAAGUUAUCCGAAUUCGACAAAAGCGAUUUGAUGCUACGGCUUCACCUCGAAGAGCUUUGCGGUUAUGCCUUAGGCCUCAUCCUACGCAAGGAGAAAGCUGUCAGAAAUGAAGGGAAAAUGGAGCCUUCGACAUUGAAAAGCCCAUGUCGAAGCGAUGAAGGCGCACCACAAUACUUACCGCCGGGUGAAGAGGACACUGAUUCAAAGUCAUCCGUCGAUGUCAGCAGAUCAGGUUCACCGGUCACCGAAAAUGGCAGUGCGCCUGCGAAUGCUUCACAGCAGCUUGCGAAAGCAGGCCGCCAACACAGGGGCCGAACUAGGAAGUGGACAGCUUUUGAAGAAGAGCUGCUUAGGUCUUACAUGAUAGAGCAAAAGGAGUUAAAAUAG